CCACUCACCGAAGCACUUAAGAGAAGCUCACUAGCUAGGCACGCACGAUGAAGACUGCCAUUGCAGCAGCCGCUCCCCUCCUCCUAUUCCUGGCCCUGGCCGCCAUGGCAGGCGCCGUGACGUUCGACGCGACGAACACGGUUCCGGACUCCGCCGGCGGGCAGAGAUUCGACCAGGACGUUGGCGUCGACUACGCCAAGCAGGUGCUCUCCGAGGCCUCGUCCUUCAUCUGGACCACCUUCAACCAGCCCAACCCGGAAGACCGGAGGGACUACGACUCCGUCACCCUCGCUGUGGUUGACAACAUCGAGCCUGUGGCCCAGACCUCCGGGAACGCUAUCCAACUCCGAGCCCAGUAUGUCGCCGGCUUCGACGAGGGCGACGUCAAGAAGGAGGUGAAGGGCGUGCUGUACCACGAGGCGACGCACGUGUGGCAGUGGAACGGGCAGGGCAGGGCGAACGGCGGGCUCAUCGAGGGGAUCGCCCACUACGUGCGGCUCAAGGCCGACCUCGCGCCGACGCACUGGCGCCCGCAGGGGAGCGGCGACCGUUGGGACGAGGGGUACGACGUGACGGCCAAGUUCCUGGACUACUGCGACUCCCUCAAGGCCGGGUUCGUGGCGGAGAUGAACAGCAAGCUCAAGGACGGAUACAGCGACGACUACUUCGUGCAGAUCCUGGGGAAGAGCGUAGACCAGCUGUGGAACGACUACAAGGCCAAAUACCCCCAGCCCCAGGGCUGAUCAAUCGAUGCAGAUAUAUUCGUAUAAUGCAUGCAGUUUGUUGCUGUAUGUGUACCGUUCUACGUCUACGUACCGAUACAGUAUACUUGUAUUACUAUACAGUUGCUGUACUGUCUGGAAUGGAAUAAAUCAACGUUGGCACGAA